CCUGGAUGUCAAGCGGAUGCCCCAGUGCCUCCCAGCGGACUCGGUGGGGACCAUGGCUUCGCUGAUGCCCCUCUCCCCAUACUUAAGCCCUACGGUCCUCCUGCUGGUCAGUUGCGACCUGGGCUUUGUGCGAGCAGACCGGCCUCCCUCUCCUGUUAAUGUGACAGUCACUCACCUCAGAGCCAACUCGGCCACUGUGUCCUGGGACGUCCCAGAAGGCAACAUCGUCAUUGGCUACUCCAUUUCCCAGCAACGACAGAAUGGCCCUGGGCAGCGUGUGAUCCGGGAGGUGAACACCACCACGCGGGCCUGUGCCCUCUGGGGACUGGCUGAAGACAGCGACUACACGGUGCAGGUCCGGAGCAUCGGCCUUCGGGGAGAGAGCCCCCCAGGGCCUCGGGUGCACUUCCGAACUCUCAAGGGUUCUGACCGGCUACCCUCCAACAGCUCAAGCCCAGGUGACAUCACAGUAGAGGGUCUGGAGGGAGAGCGACCAUUGCAGACAGGGGAAGUGGUUAUCAUUGUGGUGGUGUUGCUCAUGUGGGCUGCUGUAAUUGGGCUCUUCUGCCGUCAGUAUGAUAUCAUCAAGGACAACGACUCCAACAACAACCCCAAGGAGAAGGGGAAGGGGCCGGAACAGAGUCCUCAGGGAAGGCCAGUGGGGACGAGACAGAAAAAGUCACCAUCCAUCAACACCAUUGAUGUAUGAGUGAAGAAACCGAACUCCAAAACAGAUGCACUAACAACCUGGGGAUGGGGAUAGGGUCAGGGAGAGCCUCAGUUGGUGAUCUGCCCAAGACUGAAGGAUCCCAUAAUCUCCUAGAGGGUAAUGACACUCCCACAAUCUCAGGCCUGGUACCCAUCCUCUUUCCACUGUGAGCAGGGCCAGAAGGUAGGUCUCUUAGGGUCUGUGCCCCUGGACCUGGGGAAUGGCUAUCAGGUGGGAUAUGUCCUUCCAUCCCCAGGUCCAGGGGAGAGACACUUGUUCAACUGUAUCCCACUAGGUCCUCAAUGGGGCCCCCAUUGCACCUGCAUCAGGACUUUUGGCAUCCCCAGCUGCCCCCACAUCUUGCCUCUGGGUCUCAGAGAGGGGUGUUUCUUUGGGUACUCCCCCUCCCCCAGCAACUCAAAGGAAUUGUCUGGGUCUGGAGGCAGAUGCUGCACUGCACUACUCCAAUGUCUUCCACGGAGCCUCAGGUGCUCCCCCUCACCUGGUAGCCCCCCCAGCUGCUGGUGACCUCACCCCUUGGACAUUUUUCCAAUAAACGUUCUUGGACAAACUGGA